GGAUCGUUCAAGGAAGGGAAGGGUUCGUCACGGAGGCGGGCAUCGGUGAGGCCGAGCUUGGAUGCGGACGAGUUCCUGAACCUGUUGCACGGGUCGGAUCCGGUGAAAGUGGAGCUCAAUCGGCUGGAGAAUGAAGUCAGAGAUAAGGAUAGGGAAUUAUCAGAAGCACAGGCAGAGAUCAAAGCCUUGAAGCUCUCUGAACGGCAAAGAGAAAAGGCCGUUGAAGAGCUUACUGAAGAGCUGUCAAGGGUUGAGGAGAAGCUGAAAUUAACAGAAUCUCUACUGGAAAGCAAAAAUCUAGAAAUAAAGAAAAUCAAUGAUGAGAAAAAAGCAUCAAUGGCAGCUCAGUUCGCAGCUGAAGCAACUCUUAGGAGGGUCCAUGCUGCUCAGAAGGAUGAUGAUAUGCCUCCAAUAGAAGCCAUUCUUGCACCUCUGGAGGCUGAACUUAAGCUUGCUCGGCAGGAGAUUGCUAAACUUCAAGAAGAUAACAAGGCUUUAGAUCGUCUUACAAAAUCUAAAGAAGCUGCACUACUUGAAGCAGAGAGGACUGUUCAGGUUGCCUUGGCUAAGGCCUCUAUGGUGGAUGACCUUCAAAAUAAAAAUCAAGAACUUGUUAAACAAAUUGAGAUUUGCCAGGAAGAAAAUAAAAUUCUGGACAAAAUGCAUAGACAGAAGGUGGCAGAGGUUGAAAAGCUUACUCAAACUGUUAGGGAGCUUGAAGAGGCUGUCCUUGCAGGUGGUGCAGCUGCUAAUGCUGUGAGGGACUAUCAACGGAAAUUUCAAGAAAUGAAUGAGGAAAGGAAAACUCUUGAUCGGGAGUUGGCCCGUGCCAAGGUAACAGCAAACAGAGUUGCUGUGGUUGUAGCAAAUGAAUGGAAAGAUUCCAAUGACAAAGUGAUGCCUGUCAAACAGUGGCUUGAAGAGAGAAGAUUCUUGCAGGGAGAGAUGCAGCAACUUCGUGAGAAGCUUGCUAUAGCUGAGCGUGCUGCCAGGUCUGAAGCACAGUUGAAAGAUAAGUAUCAUUUACGGCUUAAAGUGGUGGAGGAGACUUUGAGAGGAACUUCUAACAGUAGUAAUCGCGGUACCUCAGAGGGAAGAAGUGCUAGCAAUGGACCUUCUCGACGUCAAUCCCUCGGUGGAGCUGAUAACAUGUCUAAACUAACAUCUAAUGGGUUUUUAUAGAGAUCGCCAUCCUUUCAAAUGAGAUCUUCUAGCUCUAGCUCAGUGCUAAAGCAUGCUAAAGGCACAUCUAAAUCUUUUGAUGGUGGCACAAGGUCACUGGAAAGGGGCAAGCUUUUGCUAAAUGGGACUCCUCCUAGUUAUCCAUUCAAUCAGUCUUGUGAAGGAACCAAAGACGUUAAGGAAAACAACAACUGGAAAGGGAAUUCAGAUGAUAAGCCUAGCGAGUUCCCCACAGUAGAGACAGAGGAUAGCGUUCCUGGUGUUUUGUACGACCUGCUGCAGAAAGAGGUCUUAGCCUUGAGGAAAGCUGGUCUCGAGAAAGAUCAAAACCUUAAAGAUAAAGAUGAUGCCAUUGAGAUGUUAGCAAAGAAGGUAGAUACAUUAACCAAAGCCAUGGAAGUUGAGGCCAAAAAGAUGAGAAGAGAAAGAGUAGCAGUCAUGGAGAAGGAGGUAGCAGCUAUGCGUGUGGAAAAAGAACAAGAGAACAGAGCAAAGAGGUUUGGUAAUGCAAAGGGCCCUGUAAAUAGUGCUCAGCAGCAGUUGAUUUCUGGAAGAGCUGCAACAAGAGGAGGAUUAACGCGCAGCACGCAAUGACAUAUGGUCUUCUAUGGAAGUGUCCCUGGGGACUAGACUUUCAUAGGCAUUCAUCUGUCCUUUCUCUGUUUUGGUUUUUAUGCUGUCUCUUGGUUCCAUUGCUUAUAAGUUUGUAACUGGCA